AUGUGGGUUUCUCAUCACGCUCUCUGUUUACUGUCUGUCGUGGGUCUGGCAUCCGCCUCGGACCAUCGAUUUGAGCACGAUUAUGUCGAAGACGCUAUAGUUGAAGAUGUCAGCUUUGGUCAGAGCGGAACGACCUGGGCAGAAGAUCAUACACAUAUUACAGGCUGGGACCUUUCUGGAAAUGGAUACACGCCAGAGCUACAUCGCGAUCGUGUUGUCUUGACUCCUCCAUGGCCUGGGAGUAGAAAAGGCUCCAUAUGGGCACAAAAACCAGAGGUUGAACUAGAAUGGGAGGCUUCUUUCGAGUUUCGUGCCACCGGACCUGAAAAUGGGAAUGGUAAUCUGCAGUUUUGGUAUGCUCGAAAUGCAAUAGAGGACAUCAACACGAAUAGCAUCUACACGGUCGGCACAUUCGAUGGUGUUGCGAUUGUCAUCAGUCAAGCUGGCGGGAAGGCCGGAGUAGGCACCGUAAGGGCAUUUUUGAAUGAUGGCAGCAUCAAUUUUGCGUCUCACCACAACAUCGAUGAGUUGAGUUUUGGGCAGUGCGACUUUGCCUACCGAAACCUGGGCAAAUUUUCCAAAAUCACCAUCGAGCAGACGUAUUGGACGUUCAAGGUUCACGUAGACGGACAGAAAUGUAUUGAAACUUACAGCAUUCACCUUCCUCACAACUAUAGGUUUGGCCUUACUGCAGCAAGCUCAGAACCACCAGACUCUUUCGAAGUCAAGUCUUUCAUCGUGCACAAGAUGAAAGAAGGCAAGAAGAUCAUCCACGACCAUGGUCCGAGCUACAAACCGGACUGGCACGAGUACGACAGCGAGGAGGAGCAGUGGUCUCACGAUGCCGCAGAUUGGUUGAAGCAGAGCAACAAAGAGGGCCGUUCGAAGCCCAAAUCUAAGCCACAACAAAAGCCGUUAAAGUCCCCAUCGGGAAAGCAAGACUCUCCUGAUUCGGAGUGGAAAUGGCUUUCAGAUGAGGAAAGUUCGAAAUUUGCGGAUGCUUCAACGUUCAAGACUGCUUUUGCAUGGUUCAGCGACAGCCACGAUCGUCUUGAAGUCAUUCAAAAACAAGUCAAUCUCCUGUACGAAGAUUUGACGCUCAUGAAGAAACAGAUCCAGACCCAGCUCGACAAGAUAUCUGCGGACGUGCACACCAUGCUAGGAGAUACUGACAAUACUAAGCACACGGUCGAAACCUUGGAGAAAGAGGUCAACGUCAUCAAAAAUUCUUUGGGUGCACUUGGAAAUAACGACCUGAAGAACGACAUUGCAACCUUGAAGACCAUUUUGGAGAACAACGGGCAUACGAAGCUACUGCUGGAUCAGCUGCAUAUGGCACUCAAUGACAACCAUUUGACUUUAAGUGAUGCAAUCGCGAACAACAGCCCGAGCCUGAAUUUUUUUGCAUUCCUCAUCAUAGCGAGCAACGUAAUGUUGCUUGUCAGCUAUGUGGCUUACGUGAGGAGAAAGGAGGCAUCAAUGCCGAAGAAGUGGUUGUGAUGUUGAAAUCACGAGAUGAGUAGAAUCUGAAGUUUGCAUGUUGACAAUCAUAGCGAAUGGGAUCACAUCUGUUAUUUUCUUCGAC